AUGCAGAUGCCUGGACGAGCUCAUGAAACUUUUGGACAAUCGAUGCGUCCACAUACAGCUUUUCAUCCGGACUAUGCUAGUAACGCUUGCCUGUCCACUGCAUCAAAACUAAGUACAGGGAAAUCCUUCACAAUUGAUGCACUGCUAGCAAGGCCUGGCCAUUUGGAGAGAGAUAGGACAAGUCUCAUAACCAAUCAACUGCCAGUCUCGAGCACUGCGGUUCCAUUUGUGGCACAAUUGUACUUGCAAAUUCCACACUUUUCGUAUAACCAGUUCAUAAUGCAUUCACAAACUGAGUAUCCUGUUUUCUGCUACCCACCUUACAACUACCAGACAACAUGUCAUGGAGCUGUGUACGCACAAGAUGCAGUACUGGCAAAAGCAGGAGUGCGUUCUCACUUUAAACACAAAGCAGGAAAAUCCAAAAAAAUGCGCACUAGUUUUACUAACGAACAGCUGUCCAGACUAGAGAAAGAAUUUGCACGGCAGCAAUAUAUGGUUGGCUCAGAGCGCUUGCUCUUGGCCUCUGUUCUCCAGCUCACUGAAGCACAGGUUAAAGUUUGGUUCCAGAACAGAUGCAUCAAGUGGAGAAAACAGAGUCUUGAGCAGCAGCAAGCUAAACUAGUCAAACUUGGACUUGCGGUGCAGCCCAAAAGUCCUGGAUCUCAGGGCAGAGAGGAUGAGGGUGAAGAGGAUGAGGAGAGAGAUUUCACAGAGUCUGAUGUCAACAUUGUCAUCGACGAUUCACUUCAAGAUUGA